GCAGCCGCCUCCCUCGUUAUCAUAUCUGGGUGUCGCAACUUUUCCCAGGACUGCACCGUUUAAAGAGCAAGUCAGCACCGAGGAGCAAACAAUCAUCCAGAUCGCCCCAAUAGACGUCAACAUGCCCUCUCGGCGAUCCGGUCGUGCUGCGGCCAAACGCGCUCAGCAAGCGCUUGAAAGCACCCCCAAGAAUUUCGAGGGACUCGACGACGAAGACGAGCCCAUGCCCGAUGUCGAUGCCGAUGUCGAGGCCGACGAGGAUGUUGAACCCCCGCAAGAUGCAGAAGAGGAGGGUGACAAGGACGAAGACUCUGUUGCCGAAGAGGAAGAGGAGGUAGCCCAAGAGGAAGAGGAAGAGAAGUCGCCCUCACCCCCACCCGAGCCCGUCAUCCGCCGCCGUCGUCUCGGCAGGCCCCCGAAGAAUCGCCCGCCUGACUGGGACCAGCUUCCCAUUGAGCGCCCCAAUGCCGACUCGGAUACUCCCCGUCGCCGUGGCAGAGGGGGUUGGCGAGGCCGUGGUGGACGCAAAGGCCAAUACUCGGCACCCACAACACAGUCGAUCGAUAAAGACGGUACUGUCUUGGAUAUCGUCAACGACGAGGUCGACCUUCCCGAGGAUCCUGAGGGUGAGAAGAAGGUGGACAAACUGGGCAACCUUCAGGAUGGUCGUGAAUACCGUUGCCGCACCUUCACCGUUGCCGGCCGCGGCGAUCGUCUCUACAUGCUCUCCACCGAGCCUGCCAGAUGUGUCGGUUUCCGCGAUUCUUACUUGUUCUUCACCAAGCACAAGAAGCUCUUCAAAAUUAUCGUUAAUGACGAGGAGAAGCGCGACAUGAUCGAACGCGAUAUCAUCCCACAUUCCUACAAAGGUCGCAGCAUAGGAAUCGUGACAGCGAGGUCCGUGUUCCGCGAAUUCGGCGCUUUGAUCAUUGUCGGCGGACGGAGAAUCAUCGACGACUACAACGUCGCGGCAGUUCGUGAGGAUGGGGCUGUUGAGGGCGAGUUGGCUGAUCCUAACGACAUUUACGACCCUUCGCAGCCUUACAACAAAAACCAAUACGUUGCCUGGCAUGGCGCCAGCGCGGUGUACCACUCCAAUGCACCUACUGUUCCGCAGCAAAACGCCAAGGUCGACACGAAGAAACGUAGAGUGGCCGUCAACGACAUGAAUUGGCAACUUGAGCACGCCCGUGAGGCGAGCCAAUACAACAGCAUCCUGACCGAUAUGCGCCGCCAGAAUGUCAAGGGGGUUUACAACGUCAUGACCAACUUGAUGCACUAUCCCCGCAUCUCCCAGCCAACCCACGCCAGAAUCGAACAGGUUCUCGACAGCGGCAAAGGCGAGGACGCCGAAGAGAGCAGCACAUUUCCUCCGCUUGAGCCGUCCAUCUCUCGGAACUUUCUGGUCAUGGAUACCUACAUGGAGACGCCCCCUGCCGGCAUCUCGCCAGCCGCCUACGAAGUGCCAUUCCGCACGUCCCCUGCUGACUACGAAGCUUCAGCAGCUGCCGACCCUCUAGCACCAUUUCGAGGACUUUCGGUUAUAUCUGAGGACAUCAUUGCCGAGUUGCCCCCGGAUUGCCGGGCUGCUUUCGACAAGGCCAGACAAGAAGAGGUCGACUGGUUUAACAAGUGGGGCGAUGAAGCCAAGAAUACUUCAAGACGUGAGCCAAUUGUGGACAAGGCCAUUGUGCCGUAUCCUGUGAUGAUGCAUUAA